GGAGAAGAGGGGUGAAGAGGGGUUUGGAUUUAAUUCCGCCCAUGACAGGGGUAUAGAUAGCGUCAAUCAUAGAGCGGUUCUUUAAUAGCCCAGCGCUCAAUUCAUUGGCAACCUUCAUACAGAGUACACCAUCUACCACCAUGAUCAAACGAAGCAUCAUAAUAACCGGCAUCGGCCUCGGUAUAACCACCCACUUUGCCCCCCAUCCGAACACACACAUCACCAUCCUCGACGUCAACCCCGAAACAGCGUCUCAAGCUCUGAAGAAUCUCUCGUCCCAAUUUCCCUCAUGCAGUAUAUCAUUCAAACCCUGCAACGUUGCAUCCUGGGAAAGCCAAGCUGAGGCCUUCGAAAGUGUCUUUGCGGAACAGGGAAGGGUUGAUGUCGUCUUUGCUAACGCUGGGAUCACGGAGAAGGGGAGGCUUUUGCCCACGGCUGAGGAGAGGGUAGGAGGGAAACCGAGUAAGCCAGAUUUGAAGACGUUGGAUGUGAAUCUGGUAGGGGUUUUGUAUAGCAUCAAAUUGGGAAUCCAUUAUAUCUCGAAAAACACACCCCAAGCACCACUAUCCGGACCUCCAUCAAAGGGAAGUAUCAUCUGCACAUCCUCCAACGCAGGCCAUUAUGCAUUUCCAAUCGCACCACUAUAUGCCGCCACAAAACACGGUGUAACCGGACUGGUGAGAUCACUAGCAAGAUCGCUUGAGAGAGAGCAAAUCCAGAUAAAUGCGCUGGCACCCGCUGUUAUCGAAACGAACAUCGCGCCGGAUGUGGCAUUAUUUAAAUCGAUGAUUAUGACGCCUAUGGAGACUGUGACCAAGGCUGUGGAGGAGUUGGUGAGUGACUCGUCUUUGACGGGGAAGGUGGCAGAGUUGCAUGGGGAGAGGGUGAGCUAUGCAGAGCCACAGCCAUAUGUGGAUGAGGAUACGGAGACGAAUAUUGAGACGUUUUGGAGGUUGGGGUAUGCGUAG